UAACACAACGACAACUAAGACAGUGAUAAAGCCGAUGGAAGAGAGUCAACCAUACCCUACCUACCUGCUAGAUACCAUCGUUGGUAGUUAGGCGUCGAUCAAAAUCUUUCGCUCUUGCACUGAUGCAAUUGCCAUUUUCUCGAUUUGAGCGUACUACCCUGCUCGUAAACGAUUUCUAGGAUUUUAUUUGAUCGAAAUGGCUGAUACAAGCAGCGGUAGUUUUGGGGAUUGGAGACACAGGGCUUCCCAUUUUUAUUUACUGCUCAUUUUUUUCUCAUUCCCUCUUUUCAGUGUGCCUUGCCCAAAAGGUUUAUGUUCAACCCCGGUCGAGGUUGUGACUGUGCAUCUAGUUUCUAAAGGGAUCAAUGAUGCAAUUGCAAAGGCACUUCUUUAUCCAGGUGCUCUCUUUACAAAGCUGGAGUCCAUUGUUGCUGAGAAUGAACCAAUAAGUCUACCUGAUUGGGAUACCUUGCUAGACAAUAUCACUGCAAGUUUGAAGGAUAAGGAACAAAAUGAUAGAACUUUUGGACUGGGCUUAAUUAUCGGAAGCUAUUUGUGUUUGGCUGGAGCUAUUGCUUGUGUCCUGGGCCCCACACCGCUUAGUGCUUUUGGCCCAUUGCUCAUUUUGUGGUCCAUUUACUAUGAGGGUGGAGAUCUGAAAGAUUGUUAUGCAUUACCCAUGUUUUCGGUAGCUGUUUUUUGUGCUCUAAGUGGAAUAAGCUUAUCUGCUAAAGUUCCUAGAGGAACUAAUCAUUCAGCAACCUCUGGUGAUUCCCUUUCUAAUGAUGAGAAAUCAAAACCAUCAAGCAGUAACAAGAAAACAAAGUGAUUGAAAUCUGAUAGGAGUUCUGUGCAUUAAAACUUACAUUGGCUAUAAGUGUAAUUCAUUGCUAGGGGGGAAGAAAAUCUGACCACUACCCCUCUCAUUUCAAGUUAUGCAUCUUAUGUUGCAUGAAACUCAGAAAUCUCAGAAACUAUUAUUACAAGAGUUAAAGCAUCAGAUCUUUACAAAACCUUAGUUUCAUUAUUAUGAAUUUAACCUGAAUUGUUCAGAUCCUAUAUUUUUGAAUGCAUCUUUCUAGACUGCACACCUGUUUUGAAGAAACUUUCAUGCUUUAUAUUUUAGAGGAUUGAAAACAUACAAAAGACCAAGAAGGAAAUUGUUUUUCCUUAGUAGUUCUCUCUUGCUUAUGACUGAUUUUAAAUCAGAUUUGUAUCAGAUUUCAGAUUACUAUGUAUGCCUAUGAGGCUGCAAUUCAAUGUAAUAUCAAAUUUGCUUUGUAAUAGCUCAAUUUCAGGAGCAUUUAGAUAGUAAAUAAGAAACUUGUUUUGCA